UUUUGCCAUCUACCAAAUCUCUAAUUUCCCCAAAACAGGCCCAGACCGCAGCAAAAGUUCAACGGCCAACGCAGCAGCAGAAGAAGAAGGAGGAGAAAAUACAGAGAAAUUUUAGAGAGAGAAAUACGGUGAGAUCAGCGCGAAGCACUAGUCAACGAAGGAGCUCAACGCUGUAGACAAGAGAGAGGGAGAGAGAGAGAGAGUGUGUCUGUGUUACUGUGAGUCUUCCGGCAUUAAUGGCGGAGGGGGAGAAGCAGCCGAGGAAGCACAGCGAAGAGAGUGUGAAGCUGUUCGUAGGUCAAGUGCCGAAGCACAUGACGGAAGCGCAGCUGCUCGCAAUGUUCAAGGAGUUCGCUAUCGUUGACGAAGUCAACAUCAUCAAAGACAAGGCUACUCGAGCUUCUCGAGGGUGUUGUUUUGUGAUCUGUCCCUCAAGAGAAGAAGCUGACAAGGCUGUAAAUGCCUGCCACAAUAAGAAGACUCUUCCUGGGGCUGCUAGUCCAUUGCAAGUGAAAUAUGCUGAUGGCGAGUUGGAAAGACUAGAACACAAGAUUUUUGUCGGGAUGCUACCAAAGAAUGUAUCAGAUGCCGAAGUGUCUGGCUUAUUCUCUCAAUAUGGAACCAUUAAGGACUUGCAAAUUUUAAGAGGUUCUCAGCAAACUAGUAAAGGAUGUGCAUUUUUGAAAUAUGAGACAAGAGAACAAGCAGUUGCAGCUAUAGAGGCCAUUAAUGGAAAGCACAAGAUGGAGGGUUCAACGGUUCCUUUAGUGGUUAAAUGGGCAGACACAGAAAAGGAAAGACAAGCUCGUAGGGCUCAGAAAGCUCUAUCACAGACAUCUAAUAUGCCCGACUCUGGACAGCAUCCAUCUCUAUAUGGACCUUUACCUAUGGGUUAUAUGGCACCAUACAAUGGAUAUGGUUAUCAGUCUCCUGGAACUUAUGGAAUCAUGCCGUAUCGCCUACCACCACUCCAGAAUCAACAUACAUUCCAGAAUAUGAUUCCAACUUUAAACCAAGGAAAUACACUACGUGGCACCACACCAGAUAUUUCACCUGGUUUGACGCCAAGAAAUUAUGCCAUGUCACCUACAAGUUACGUAGGAUCUACUUACCCUGGCAUACCUGGGGUACAGUAUCCCAUCCCAUAUCCUGGAGGAUUCAUGAGUAAUAGACCUUCGAGUAGUUCUGGUGCUGUACACCCUAGCACCUCAAACAGUCAGUCUGCAGCAUCUUCAAGUGUCAACUCAAAUUUGGGGGCUCAGGCUGAAGGUCCACCGGGUGCUAAUUUAUUUAUUUACCAUAUUCCACAAGAAUUUGGUGACCAAGAGCUUGCAAAUGUAUUUCAGCCUUUUGGUAGGAUCUUGAGUGCUAAGGUUUUUGUUGACAAGGCAACUGGCGUUAGCAAAUGUUUUGGGUUUGUCAGCUACGACUCUCCAGCAGCUGCACAAACGGCAAUCAGCAGGAUGAAUGGCUUCCAAUUAAGUGGUAAAAAAUUGAAGGUUCAGCUUAAAAGAGACAAUAAACAAAGUAAACCUUAUUGAUAUCAACAAGGUCAGGUAUGGAAGGAAGCUGAUAUUCUUUACAAGAUGGUUACAUGCUAUAGUUGUAAGGGAGAACACUGCAUUGGGAGCAAUUGAGGAGUGACUUAUGAUGAUUAACAACUACUUGGCUACUCAAUUGUGUUUUUAGUCUCCUUAUGGGAUUCAAGUCCCAGAAACUUGUAAUUCUUGAUUUAUUCUUGUGCCACUGUAAUUUUAAUUUCAUGUAACAUGGAUUUUCAUUUAGACAUUAGUUAAUUGAUUGAUUCUUCCACCCAAUAGACCUUAAUGUUCUCAAGAAGAUGCUUUUCAAUCACUUCUCUGAUGAAAAAUAAAUAAAUCCUUUCAUUA